UGUGUGUGUGCGCGCGCGUGUGACUACAGGUGGUUUAUGACCCGAAGUGCUGCUUCUAACCCUGAACAUUUGUGGAGUAUCUGCCGAGUGUGGAUCGUUUCAGAAGAUGAACAUGAAUUUGGAGAUCCGCAUUUCUCUUUUUCUGCUGGUUUGUGGUUUGAGCUCGACCUUGGCACAGACUAAUAUAACUUGUGAGAGCAAAACCAAAACAACCUGCGAGGAAUGUUUGACUAAUACGUCGUGUCUGUGGUGUAUUAGUUCGAAGUCAUGUAUGACAUACCCUUACAGUACGAUCCUGCCUUCCAACUCUCUGUGCCCACUGAACGAUGCCCGCUGGGGACAGUGCACAAUAAACUUUCAGACCCUCAUCAUUACACUGUCUGUGUUGGGCGUGAUCAUCAUCAUCGCGUUCUUCAUCUGCCUCUUCUCUUGCUGCAAGUGUGAGAACUGUGGAAACUCCAUCAAAGAGAACAAGAUGCAGCGGAAGGCAGAAAAGAGGACAAGCGCACAAGAGCAGCGAAGAGCUGAUAUGAUGGCCAGGCAUGAUGAGAUUCGGCAGAAAUACGGUCUGAGCAGAGGGAGCGCUUACGCCAAGUUUGACAAUCCUGCCUAAUGAGAGCCAGGGGUUUCCCGUCUUGCCCUUGAACCCUCAAACCAAUCAACCUUUUCAUGUUCACCUUAAACCCACUGCUGCACUUGAAUGCUGUCUGAUGCUUUUCUUUAAGUGACAUUUACUUGCUCAAUAGCACAGCUUACUGGAGAUCAACUUCUGAACUUCUUCUGAAAGGUUUAUUCCGUAUAUAAAAUUGCUGUAAAUCGUAAAAUUUAUUUAUGUAAGUCAAACUGUAAGUUGUGAUUUUAAUAUAAAUAUACAAAAGACUAUUGUAUUGCUGUGGACAAAGGACUGUUACUUGCAAAGGACAAAGAUUAAAAUCUUUUUUGUACAGA